ACUCUUUUAGCCGACGCACGCAGGAAACGCAGCGCAGGGCAGAGCAGCAGAAACAGCGGCCCCAUCAUCACAUUUUGUUCCUCUGCAUGUGUCAGCUGGGAUUUUUUUUUUCCCUCUGCCAAAUCACUGGAGUUGUUUUUGCGUGUUAUAAACUUUGUGCACCCGUUUGUUUACACUAAAGCUCGCGUUUUCUUUCUCCUGUCGGCAGCCUGAUGUAAUUAUGUCCGGAUUAGAGAAGGUAACAAGGCAAAGUAAACGAAACUGAAAACCGUGAAGGUUUCAGGCUCCGUGUGGCACAGUGAAAAUGGGAAAGAAGAGGGGGAAGGACAGGAGCUCCAGGGAGGAUGAGGAGUUUGAUCCGACGGUUCCCUCCUGCAGGCAUAUUAAGAAGGGAACAGACCAAACUCUUCUGAAGAAACUUGCUGGCAAUUCAGAUUGGACGAGUUGUCAGGAUUGUAAGCAUGAAGAAAAUAAAGAAAAUAUCAGCACCGCUCUGCCACAGGAGCCCGAGGAGGAACAAGAAACAACAGGGUUGUGGAUGUGCUUGAAAUGCGGCCAUAGAGGAUGUGGACGAAAUUCUGAGAAUCGGCAUGCCAUCAAACAUUAUGAAACACCCCGGUCUGAUCCACACUGCCUGGUGGUCAGUUUGGACAACUUUAGUGUGUGGUGUUACAUAUGUGAUGAUGAGGUCCAGUACUCCAGAACAGGGCAUUUGGCUCAGCUAGUGACCAACCUGAAGAAGCAAACGUCUUCAGGUUCCAUGAAGACACCACAGAAAAAAGUCGAGGAGGAAGACGGCUUGAUGGAAGCUAAACAGAAGACGGAGACUGUAAAAGAAGAUGAAAGCGAGGACAAGGAAAACAAAGAAAACCAGGAGCACCAAAAGAAAAACACGAAGAAAGAGAGUGUUGGGAAAUCUCAGAAGUGCAGCACAGCUGAGGAGACCUGUGGUGUUUCAGUAAAGGGUCUGAGCAACCUGGGAAACACCUGUUUCUUUAACUCAGUCAUCCAGAAUCUCUCGCAAACACAGCUCUUAAGACAGACACUCAAUAAAGUCACAGAAGAGAAAAGUCUCACCAUUAAACCUGGAUCCGUGGAUCUGAAGCCUAUAGAAGUGCAGUUAGCCCAUCCCGGAUCCCUGACUUUGGCUAUGCAUCACCUGCUCGGUGAGAUCCAGGAAUCCAAGAAGAGUGUGGUAACACCACGGGAGCUUUUCACACAAAUUUGUAAAAAGGCUGCCAGGUUCAAAGGAUUUCAGCAGCAAGACAGCCAAGAGCUGCUGCGCUACCUACUGGAUGGGAUGCGAGCUGAGGAGCACAAUAGACUAAGCUCGGGAAUAACGGAGGCAUUGAAACAAUCUAGAGGAGGCACAGAUGGAGAGCUGAAAACACUAGUAAAAGACUACGAGAAAAAUGGAUCUCCAAAAAACUUUGUUGACCAAGUUUUUGGUGGUGAAAUCACCAGCACUAUAAUGUGUCAGCAGUGUAGAACGGUUUCUGUAGUCACAGAGAUGUUUUUAGAUCUUUCCCUUCCUGUUUCUGAUGAGGCAUAUAGAAAGAAGAACCAAAAAAAGAAGACCAGUGCUUCGAGCCAGGAUGACAGCAGCAGCCCAGUUCGGACCAGCGGAAAUGAUGACAUUCCCACCGGAGCUGGCAGCAAGUACCAGCAGAAGAAAGCCAAGAAGCAGGCAAAGAAGCAAGCAAAGCAUCAAAAAAGGCAGCAGAAGCUUGAGGGCAGAGCCACUUUGGACAGUCUCACCUCUCCGAGCCACACCGAGAGUGAGCGCACAGAAGCUACUGCGGAUUCAAAGGACAGGGAAAACACUGACAGUGAGACGCGUGAAGAAGACUCACAACAUCCUGCACCAGUCGGUGUGUCUGAAGAGGACCAAAAGGCCCUUAACACAGUCCAGGUGGAGCAGGAGAAAGAGCAGGACGUGGAUUCAGCGAGUGACCACGACUCACCAGUCAGCAACCGGUUUACUGUCUUGUCAGAGGAGCAGCACUUGAAGGACGACACCACAUGCAAUGAAAAGCCCAACGUGGUUCAGGAGGAAGAGGAAGACGCACAGCUGGUGAGUGAAAUGAGCAAAGUAACCUUGGAUGAUGCCUUUCUAGAAGACGCUGAAGCCAUGGAAGAAAGGGUGGAGAGUGAAGAUGGAGUGCUGGAGACUAAGGAAUAUACAGUAAUAAACCAAGACCCGGAGCUGGCCUUCCACACGCUGGCUGACAGGACAGUCCCAGAGAAACAGGAGUGCUCCGUACAGUCGUGCCUUUUUCACUUUACAGAAGUAGAAACCCUCACGGAGAACAACAGUUUACUUUGUGUCACCUGCACCAAACGGCAGCUGAGGAACAACAAAUCCGGAGGUUCCAAGAAGAAUAUCUACACUGAUGCCUUGAAGCAAAUCCUUAUCUCGUCUCCACCUUCAGUCCUUACUCUUCACUUAAAGAGGUUCCAGCAGAAUGGGUACAGUAUUUGUAAAGUGAACAGACACGUCAGCUUUCCUCUCAUACUCGAUCUAGCUCCAUUUUGUGCCGUCAAAUGCAAGAAUAUCCCAGAGGAACAUAAUCAGAUCUUGUACAGUUUGUAUGGCAUCGUAGAGCACAGUGGAACAAUGAGGUCAGGUCAUUACACGGCCUAUGUGAAAGUACGGUCUGAGCGCCCUCAGCCCUCAUCCAACGGACUUAGAGGAGAUGGAGAUGCAGAGCCGCCCAGAGGAUCCUGGUUCCACAUCAGCGACACCAGCGUUCAGCCCGUGAGCGAGAGUAAAGUCCAGAGCUGCCAAGCCUACCUCCUCUUCUACGAAAGGAUCCUCUAAUCGUGCCUCACUACUCAGGAAAUCCAAAUAAACCAACCUGCUGCUAAACCUGUUUUAUCAGCCACUUAAAUUGUACAUCAGUGUCUGACUUGUUAAACAAGGCAUCCGUAUGUUUCUCACACUAGUGGGAAGAUGUACGGUGAAAAUCAUGUUGGACAGUGAACUCAUCACAGGAAGUCACAGUUUUAGUAUGUAAAUGAAAGCUUGGGAUUAAUGAUGUGUAAAUAUCUCACUUUUUUUUUAAUCAAUGACGUAAUUAAAU